GAGAGGCAUUGUUGGCCAGACGGGUCCGUUCGGCCGUUCAGUCAGUCAUUGUAGUGUCAGCGGACUCGAGUAGGCUGUGAUAUCCGCGUGUGUUUCUUGUUCUCACCACGAUCUGUGUCUUGUUCUAAGUUGUUUUCUCUUCAAGAGGAGGACAAUUAAACGAUCGGAAAAGUGGUACGGCAAGACUAACCAACCCCAGUCGCCAAAGAAACAUGUGUUGGGGGCGGAAGCCUCACAGUGAUGAUACGCUAGGAUGACCACAGCUCAACCUGAGUUCGAUUAUCGAACCAUAUGAAGACAUCCGAGGUAUUCAUUUAUGCAGUGGUCCUUUGGGCCUUCGUGGAGUCCAGGCAUGCAGGACGGCCCAGGAGAUCUUUGGAUCCGGAGGGAAAAGGGAGUAACCUGACACAAACACAGCAGGAAGAGGCAAUCCACUCAGAGGUUCUUCAACACUUUACCACUACGCCGUCAGCGCCCUCUGAGAGCACCAGGGACGUAACACAUGACUCCGCAGUACCCUUCAUCAGGGAUGUGCCUUCCAUUCCAGAGGAUAAUAAUGUGCAGAGUUUGAAGAAUGAAGAUCACCCUUCUGUAGCUUACGAUAGAAGAAUCUCAAUUGAUAAAGAGACUUCCAGCAAGGAUUCUGCAGAUAAAAGUAAUGCAACAAGUGGAACAAACAGGAAUGAUUUAAUUUCCUAUGAAUAUAAUCAGACAGGACUGUCUAGCUCUCAGAGAUCAGAAAUAUUUCCCCCGAAUUCCACUUCUGAACAAGUCUCAACAUUGAUUGCCUAUGAUGAGGAGGACAAUAUUCAAGGAGAGAAAGAAGAUAACAACCCUCAUCCGAUAGCCAGCUCUACAGAAAGUCAUAAAACAGAGUCAGAAUGGAAAAACUUUGAGUCAAAGAAGAAGGAAAAAGGCAAAAAGGAAAUACUCGAUUUAGUGACAGUUCCUACAGACCAUAAUGGGGCAGGGAGGAUAGAAAAGCCCUUUAAAGACAACAUCAAUGUUAAGUCAAAAGAGAAAAGUAAAGAUUCAAUACCAGAAGCAUCUGAUGAAAGAAGAAGUACAACAAGUAGAAUUAGUGAUAGUAAUAGUUUUAGUGUAAGUGAAUAUGACAAUAAUAGACCUUUAGAUAGCAUAGAUAAUAUUAAUAUCGACCCUGUUGGUGUAAACAAAGAGUCGGUGAACCAAAGUGUGAAUUCUGUGAUAAAUAGUAAUGGUGUUGGUGGCGAAACAAUAAAAAAAUAUAGAGAAAAGCCUUCUGUGAAAAGGGCUCAUAAUGAAAGCACUGAUCCAAAUGCAAACGAUAACCAGAUGAUUGAAGAGACGGCUAAAAAUACAGUUCCUGUGUUGAAUUCGGAACCACAAACAACACCUAUUGCACAGACAAGCACAACUAGUAAAUUUUCUGAUCCUGAACAGUUGUCUUAUAAACAUCCUCAUCCGACUGAUUCAGGUCCCACAAAAAUUGACAUCCUUGGGAAAUUGGCUACAGCUUCGACAACUACUAUUAUAAAACCAAGCAUUACAUUCAAACAGCAAUUGGCAAACAAACUGAAAGGGUUAGAGCCUGUGCCAACAGCACCAAUGAAUGUUGAUGUUGAAGCUGAUGAAAAUCAAGAAAAAUCCAAUGUAAAGUCAUCAACCAAGUCAAGUUCAAGAAAGAAACCCAAAGGAGACUUUUAUGCCUCACCAUCAGAUAUGUAUAUACCUCCAACAGCUACUGCAUGGACACUGGUCUCAUUGAAAACACCAGCAGACAGUAUUAGAUCAUCUCAAAAACCUGCAUUGGUGGAUGCCAAGAAUCCAGUUCCAGAAACCUCAAGCACAGCAGUACCUAGACUGACUUCAAUCACUCCCAUCGCGAGGGUGAAGAGUUUUAUACCAUGGUCCACAAGACUUAGAAAGAACACUAGCCCUAGUCCCCCAACUACAGUAUCCAUCAAUGGUGCUACUUCAACGGAGAAAAGGGAAACUGUCUCCAGUUCUGAACCCUCCACUUCAGCAAGUAACCAGCAAAUAAAAGAGAAACUGAAUCGUACUAAAGAAGAAAUUACGAAUCACGAAACUGUUACUGAAGAACAAUCCGUGAUUCAUACAACUUUGGAACUCGAUAGGAACCUGACUGAGGUGUCAAUCAAUCUAGUUCAGCCCAUCCAUAAUGAUAUCAUGGUAAAGGAUCAGUCUUCUACUCAACAGAGUCCAAAAGUAAUUCAAGGAACAACGACUGAAAAAAUUGCUGUCCCAAACCCUACACCAAAAGACACCAUUCCUCCAAGUACAUUUACCAGAAGUGAAGCAGAGAAUAGAGUUGCUGAAAAAGAGAACAUAAUAGAAACAAAGCAGACUUCCGAGGAGAAAGAAACACAUGUAGAAACUGAAAAGGCAUCUAAGGAAUUAGCAGCAGAAGAAAAGCCAAGUAUUACAAAUAAUACUGUGAAUGAAGUCUCCUUUGCUAUUGCUAAUAAUGAAAAUGUCAACAGUUUUGCCCAUGAUCUGUCUACAUCUACUUCAAAACCUGAUGUCGUUGAGCCUAUCAAAAAUAACACAAAUGAGAUUAGUGAAUCUGACCCUGUAGCAGGCGAUAUACUGCUGGACGGAAUUGGUGAUGAGGGGAAAUCAGCUGAAGAAGGUGACGAUGAGGACUACUACAAACUAAGGUUGACCACAACUCAGGCACCGAUAUUUGACUCUUUCGAAACGACAGUAAUGCCCGACUUUGAAGAUGACAGUGAUGUUGAAAGUUACCGAGAAGAUGAUGAGUUUGCAAUGAUUGACAAAUUGACAACUAAUCAAACAACAACGACAACAGAACAUCCUGGUAAAACUAACUUGCCCAUUAUUGAGAUAAAGCCAACACAACCUAGUUUUCAAGAACCAUUGGAUGCAAACAGCACUGGCACAUAUGUUACUAGUUUUGACAUUGUGUCAAAAGAAAACACAACUAUUGUGGUGACCAAAACUCCAUCUGAAGGAGAUAUCAACUGGUACAAUGUUGACAGCAAGCCUGAUAACUCAACUGUAGGAGAAGCAACUCAGAAAACAGUUGCUUUUGAAGUCACCACGACUCCUGAGGUUGAAAUAACAAAUGAACCAGAAACAACAACUGAGAUGGUAGAACUAGAGACAACAAUGCUUCCUAGGAUUACCAAGAAAGUCUAUGUUUCAGUGACUACAGCAUCUCCUAUCACAACAAUACCUGUCACCGAGCCCACUUUGUUCCUUGAAGAUGACAGAAAAGACAUAAAUGCAUGUGUCCUCUUGAAGGUCCACAUGUCCAUGCACGACUUCUGCCAAAAGCAACAGGAGUUCAAGGAAAGCAUCGCUAAACAGUUUAUUACUGUAUAUUUUUGGAAACGAGACAAGUGCUGCUUCAAAACGUCAUUCCAUAUUUCUUGGGAGCAAGUUGUGACCGCAAAGCUUGAUGAAUGUUCAGAAUUAAACUAUUUUGAGCAAGAGGUAAAGGAAGAAAACUUGGAUGACGUUGUUGUUUGCUUCGUUGACGAAGCCCAACUACCCAGCCCGGCCCUGCGAGACCUGUUUUGGAGAACCAAUAAUUCAUCUAUUAUCGUGAUGCCAUCAGACAGAGAAGGUUUUGAUAAUGUCCUCGUGGCCAUCAUACUCUCCAUCAUAGCAGCUGUCUGCCUCGUGCUGCUGGGUAUUCUUCUGAUAAUAAUUCGCAAGAGACAAGGAAGAUUCAACUACGGCCAACGAUGUACUCCAGUGUCACUGGAUGACUACAGCCUGGACAACAUAUCUGUAUACAACAGUAUCCGCAGGAAGGGUGCUCUCAGAGCUUCAAAACGUUCUUACGGAAACCCAGCAUUUGAUGAUCCGGGAGGUCCAACACAUUCGAUUAACUUUGCUGGACUGGCCAACUUCAGCAGUGACCGCAAGGCACUGGACGAGGAGUUCGGCCAGAUUCCGAUGAUCACUGUUAAGCCAGACGAGCUACCCCCUGGUGUCGAGAGUAAGAAUCGCUACGCCAACGUGAUCCCAUUACCAGAGACUAGGGUAGUACUGCAGACAAAAGAGGGAGCCGACACGACCGAUGAGUAUAUCAAUGCCAACUAUGUCAAGGGGCCCAAGAGCCAAGAAAAGUUGUACAUUGCCUGCCAGGCUCCUCUGCAGUCUACUAUUGAGGAUUUCUGGAGGAUGGUGUGGCAGCAGCAGACCAAGGUCAUUCUCAUGCUGACAGCGCUCAAUGAGAAUGGAGUCGAGAAAUGCGCAGACUACUUGCCGCAGCUGGAGAUCACAGAUUGCCACAGGCUGUUUGGAGAUUUCCAAGUGACAUUGAAAAAGCAUGAGGUGCGAGAAAAGUACAUCAUCUCCAGCCUUCAACUCAAGAACCUAGAGACCAACCUGUGGCGAGAGGUAACACACUUGUGGUACUCAAGCUGGCCUCCGCAGGGGGUGCCAGAUGACGGCAGUGCAAUGAUCGCUUUCCUGAUUGAGGCUCGCUCGUACAUGCGCGGUGCCCAGGGUCCCACCGUGGUACACUGCAGCCCAGGUACCGGCAGGACCGGUACAGUCAUCGCCAUCGAUCUCUGUAUUCGCGACUUUGAGACCAUUCGCACUGUUGACAUCCCCAAGACUGUCUACUCCUUGAGGAGGGACCGGGCAGGAUCGGUGCAGACCAAGGACCAGUAUGCGUUCAUAUACCAGGUGCUGAAUCUCUAUGCAACAAAACUGACUGGGGGUGCUCUGGACUCUAUCUAGAAAUGUAUAACAUCCUUUUUAUCAUCUGCCAUCACGUUUAUUGAUUUGGUUAAAUUGGCUGGAGUUUAAUGGAUACAGAACAUUUUAUGUAUGAUAAUUUUUUUACACUUACAUGAUACUCUAAGAUAAUUUUCAAAUUUCAUCAUAUUUGUUUUUAUUUAUCACCUAACCAUGAUAAACAGACCAUGAUUAAUUUGGUUGUAAUAAACCAAUGUUACAACACAACUUCUUCAAUACUGGUUUAUUAAUACACUAAGGUUUGUUUGAGAUUUGACAUAAAUUCGAAAAAUAAUUUCAAUUAAAACAUUAUCCAUUUUCUUUCAUCCAAUAUGGUUAGGUGAUGAAAUACUAAAUGAAGUAGAUAUAAUCAUAAAAACAAAAAAUGUAAAACUACUUUGAAAAAUUCUAGUGAAAAUAUUUGAUACAGUCAACCAAACUUAGUACAUUAAUAAAUCGACACUGAAAAGGAGAAUACAAAAAUGAUCAUUAAACAUAUUAUUGGAUUUGACACAGUAUAGUAAUCAAUAUACUAAGUUAAAACUAAAUACAACAAGAAAAAUCUCAACGUAUUCCAAUAAUUUUGUUAUUUUAGUUUUUAAAACCCCUGAAAUAACAAUCCCAUUACUUAAUGCCCCAGUGUUUAAAAUUUGUUAUGCUAGUUUUUACUAUUUAAAACACAUAUGCUGAAUAAAAACUCAUUUUAUUUAGAUAGUUAUAAGUUGAACAAUAUACGCUCUCUAUUUACCAUCCAUAUACUUAUUAUACAAUACAAAACAUAUUAGUGAUAACUGUUGGAUGUUACAAAAUAUAUUGGUGUUACAUGUUAACAAUAUUUUUUUUUAAGAAAUUAUACAUUUCCACUCAUAGCAACACUGAUUUAGAAUUGUUGUACAUUGUUUUUUUUAUAAAUUUGUCUGAUAUAGAAUUAUAUUGACAUAAUGACCGAUUAAAAAUUACUCUAACUCGUUUGUGUGGUAAUCUUGAAAUAGCAAACUUGUUUUUCAAGAACUGAAAUACCAAUAUUUAUUUAGAGUACUGAAAUUUUCAGAAUUGGCCUAUAUUUUUUUAUAAUAACAAUUUACACUUUAAAACGAUUAUUUUAUUUUGUAUGAACAAUUUUGCAAUACACAAAUGCAGUCAAGUUCCUACUGUAAUGUUUUAUUAAAACAAUAUAUGUUCAUGUUAGGCAAUAAAUUUUGUAUAAUAUUUACAACUACUUAGUUAUCAUACAAUGGUAUCUUUUAAUUUAAUUAUUUUGUAGAAGUAGUAAAUGAGGAAAGGAGGUGACACAUUAAACACUGGUUAAACGUUAUGGAUUUUUUCAUUAAUAAGUUAUAUUUUUAAAUAACAGUUGUUUCGACUACUUUUAGUUUUAUAACAUAUAUUUCUGAUGUAUUACUCUUAAAGUUUCAAAAUAUUACAAGUUAUUAGUUAAAGUUUCAUAUUAUAAAUUAUUUAAUGGAAAGUAUGAUAAAAAUACCAGUAUUUUAAGUGUAUUGACUAUUUGGUUCGUUGUACUUUGUGCAUAUUUUAACUAGUAGUUGCUGUAUAUAUCUGAAUAUACUAUCUAUUUUUGUUAAUUUUAAUAGUCUAUACCUAUGUAAAUUAUGAUAUGUGAUAUUAUUGUUUUUGUUUUCGAUGUUUAUAUUUCUUGUUGCACUUUGUAUAUCAUAAUAGUAUACAUUCGGUGUAUUUAAUGUUAAGAAAAUGAAAUAAAUGAAAACAUUCUUUUA